GGUGCACAUAAAGUAAAUCCAAUGUUUAUACCAAGAGUUUUAAUAAAUAUGGCAGCAGGUCACUUAAGUUUGAAAUAUGGGUUUCAUGGUCCAAAUCACUCAGUGUCAACAGCAUGUACUACCGGUGCACAUUCAAUAGGUGAUGCUAGUAGAUUCAUACAGUUUGGUGAUGCUGAUGUUAUGAUUGCAGCAACAAAAUUUAAUGACAAUCCAAAGGAAGCUUCAAGGCCAUUUGAUAAAGAUCGAAAUGGUUUUGUGAUAAGUGAAGGUGCUGGAAUGCUUGUGCUGGAG